AUGUGUAUUGAUUACAGGGAACUUAAUCAGGUGACCAUGAAGAAUAAGGACAUGUUACCCCGUAUAGAAGAUUUGUUUGAUCAGCUCCAGGGUGUUCAGCAAGAGAAGAAGCCGAUACUUGAAGAUAUGAUUAUGCGGUACGUGCAAAAGACUGAUAUGGUGAUCCAAAACAACUCUUCUUCAAUCCGCAAUCUUGAGGCACAAAUCGGUCAGCUCUCAAACAUGCUUACCGAGAGGACUGCAUGGACUUUACUGAGCAACAUUGUGACCAAUCUGAAAGAACAUGUCAAAGCCAUAACAUUGAAAAGUGGGCAGACAUAUGACCAGCCAUAG